GAGAAUCCGACAUGAAGGACAACACUGGUGCAGCCACUAGCCCGACCACCGCCAACGCUACCGCAGUCCUGUCGAUGUCAUCGCGCAAGGCCAAGCGGUCCCGGGCUCUGGCCUUAGCCCUUGUCGACAACAAUAACCGAAAAACGCUCCUCUUGGACGAAGCAUCGACGCCCACUGUGUGCAGCAGCACCGACUGCAUGUUGUCGUCCUCUGAUGCCGCGCUAGUGGCUACCGCUGAAGCCCAAAGCAAGCGAGGCCUCGAUAGCAACAACAACGACGAGUUUGGGAGCCACGUGCUGGGCAAACGCGCCUUCGUGCACGGUGUAAUGUCAAACAACACGACCACUGCCACGGCCAGUACAUCCUGCAGCAGCUACAAGGAAGCGCUGCUCUUGCACACAACAGCUUCAUCCAACUUGCACAGCUCCGCGUGGUCCACCUCGUCGACGACGGCAGCGGCGAUGGCGAACAUAAUGUCUCCAACUCCAUCCGAAUGUGGCACGGUGUCGGCGCCGAUGUCACCCAUCGACAACAAUUAUCAGAGUCCCCUCAAUUCGAACGACAACCAACACGUGUCGUCAACGUCCAGUCCCGUUCCACCAGAGAAAGAACGAGAGACUAAAACUGCUUGGGCCACAGACCGAGCGUUGCCCCCCCCGCCACUGCCACCAAGCUCUCCUCCGUCCGAGCUUUCAUCCCGACAGGACAAGACGUCCGCCGCCCGAUUGCAUCCCCGCGCGAUCCGAAGCGCCAUUGCGCACGCUGCAUCGCAAGGCGUGCUGACCAAAAGUUCGAAGCGAGAGAUGCGCCAAUCCAUGCUACGCGGCGCCACACAUGUGGUGUUGGAAGGCUUGCGGCAGCGAUGCCACCUGCAACCCCUCGUCGCGCCCCCCACCUCCUCUGGCGACCUCCCACCCCUGCCUCCCCCGACGGAAUUCGAGCGGCGCCACACCAACGGUUUGCACAAGUGCUUGAACUCCCUCGCCCCAUCGCCCCAAGGAGACACGCUCAAGGCCAAACACCGCGUGCUCGUGGCACUGGAUCGACUGGUGGACAAGUGGAUGGUUCAACUGCAUCACACAUGCACAGCGUCGCUGUUUGUCGGCGGCAGCUUCUACCUCAAAGUCGACGACGCCGAUUCCGACUUGGACGUGGUCGUGCUGUGCCCGGUCGAAGUGACCGCCGCCGACUUCUUCACGACGCUGCCCUCGCUCUUGUCAACCUCUGCAUCCGUGGACCAUGUCGUGUGCAUGGAGGAAGCGUACGUCCCCACCAUCUCGUGCACGUUUCACGGCGACAUCCACGUGGACCUGCUCUUCAGUCGGUUCUCACAGUCCGUCGUACCCAAACACCUGCCUCUGCACAGCGACCACAUUCUCGUGGGUAUGGACUUGACGUCCGUCCGGUCGCUCUCUGUGCCCCGCGUCGCGUCGCUCGUGCUCGACUUGGUCCCGAACCCCACGGCGUUCCGCGGCUGCCUCCGCGCCGUCCGCGCAUGGGCAAAGGCCCGGGGGCUGUACUCAAACAAGGUCGGGUUUCUAGGGGGCAUCUCGUGGACCGUGCUGGUCGCCCUCGUGUGCCAAAUGUUCCCCCACGCUGUCGCAGGGUCCCUCCUCCACCACUUUUUUAACGUGUUGUCGACGUGGCAGUGGCCGAUGCCAGUGAUGCUCGCCAAGCCGUACGAUGCCGGCCACGGCUUUGCGCAGUGGAGCCCCGCACUGCACGUGCACGAUCGCGCGCACGUGAUGCCCAUCCUCACGCCGGGGUACCCGACCAUGAACUCGGCGGCCAACGUCACGCACUCGACGCUGCGGGUGCUCAAAGAGGAGCUCACCCGUGGGAAGCUCGUGCUGGACGACAUGGCAGGUCAGGGCCUCACGAGCCCAGUGGCGUGGGGGCCCCUCUUCGCCCCCAGCGACUUUUUCGUGCGCUACGACCACUACAUCCACGUCCGCGUGGCCCCGUCUUCGGACGAGAGGUCGUCGGCGGCGGGGGACGCCGCCCAAGUCGGGUUUGUCGCGUCCCGAUUGCGCAAAUUGGUCGACGCGCUGCAGCUCACACACCACGUGCUCACGGUGCACCCAUUUCCAAGUUACUUUGGAGCCCCGGACCACGCCUUCUUUGUCGGGUUUGAGCUCGCAACCAGUCAGACGGGCGUGGGAAUGGCCGAGGGCAUCGUCGCGCCGGUGCUCACGUACUUUAAGGCCACGGAAUUGCACACGACCAGUCGGUCGACUAGUAGCCAACCCCCCGCUGCCUUGUCGUAUAUGACGUGGCAGGACUUGCCGUCGUCAGUGUUUCCCCACGGCCGCGCCCAAGCUGCCGGUGAUCGAGCCAAGUACAAGCUCAGCCGCGCACAUACUCUACAUGUAGCAGGGUCGGUCAGUAGCAUCAGCCCCCCGCCAAGUCGACUGGCACCCCCCAUGAGGAUGAUGACCAACGACCAUCGUAUUCCGUACCAUCACCACGAGCGAUGGCAUGCCAACGGAGGACGACAGCCCCCCACGCCGCCGCUACGCUUGCAUCCCACCGUACAGACUUUAGUACUACAUAGUAACUAAUACACUAUCCCCAC